CAUUGAUGCUUGUGACACUACUUAUACUAAUUCUGCUGAAUUUUUUAAAGAAUUAAAGAAUAGAGAAUCAUCAUUAGAAUGGAAUAUGCUUUUGGGUAAGGUGGUUAACAAUGUUUUGGCUAUUCUGUGA